AUAUUUUUACUCUUCAUAUGGCGCGAUCAAACGUUUGGUUUUACUUUACUGCGAAUUUAUUUGAAUGAAAGCUGUCUUAACAUGUUUUCGCCCUGUCUUCGAUUCACACAGAAGAUACUGCGCUAAUCCCGGCCAGGCCAUGAAGUACCUGAACGUGGCGGAGAAGAACGACGCCGCCAAAACAAUUGCCGGCUUGCUGUCCAAUGGCGCCGCGCGAAGGCGAGAAGGGUACUCGGUGUACAACAAGGUGUUCGACUUCGAGGCACCUGUGCGCGGUCAGAAUGCCAAAAUGGUUAUGACCUCUGUAUCCGGCCACCUGAUGCAGUUGGCAUUCCAGGUGUCGUACAAAAAUUGGAAAACGGUGGAUCCGCGCUCUUUAUUCGACGCGCCGGUGAAGAAGCGCGUGAGCUCAGAUUAUGAACCCAUCAAAAGGACCUUGGAGCGCGAGGUCCGCGGCUGCCAGGGAUUGAUUGUCUGGACGGAUUGCGAUCGCGAGGGCGAGAACAUUGGUUACGAGAUAAUUGACGUGUGUCGCGCUAUCAAACCGAAUAUUUCGGUUUAUCGUGCCACUUUCUCGGAGAUUACCUCUGUUGCGGUGCGUCGGGCUUUGCAGCAACUGGGUCAGCCGGACAAAAGGCAGAGCGAUGCAGUGGACGUGCGCACGGAACUGGAUUUGCGAACUGGUGCCGCCAUCACCCGAUUUCAGACAAUGCGCCUACAACGUCUGUUUCCGGAAAAGAUAGCGGAUAAGCUCAUCUCUUAUGGAAGUUGCCAAAUUCCCACUCUGGGAUUCGUCGCCGAGCGGUACAAGGAGAUUGAGGCCUUUGUAUCCGAGCCUUUUUGGAAGAUUAAGGUUCUGCACACAAUUGAUGAUCUAACGGUGGAGUUUAAUUGGGGCCGAAACCGACUAUUCGAUAAGGAAGCUUGUGAAAACUAUCUGCUCCUCUGCCUGGCCGAGCCGGAACCUAGGGCACUCGUGGAGAGCGUUACCGUUAAGCCCAAACACAAAUGGCGACCCACUCCGCUGGAUACAGUGGAAAUGGAAAAGCUUGGCUCAAGAAAACUCAAGCUAUCUGCCAAGGAGACGAUGACUGUAGCCGAAAAACUAUAUAGCAAGGGUUUCAUCAGCUAUCCCCGUACGGAAACCAACCAGUUCUCCAAGGAGUUCGCUCUAGCGCCACUAGUUGAAAUGCAAACGGGUCACCGCGACUGGGGAGCAUUUGCCCAACGGGUGAUUGAGUGGGGACCAAAUCCUCGAAACGGUAAUAAGUCAGAUCAGGCCCAUCCUCCCAUUCAUCCCACAAAGUUGGCAGAAAACCUGCAGGGAAACGAGGCGCGUGUGUACGAACUGGUCGUCCGGCACUUCCUCGCCUGCGUCAGUAAAGACGCCGUCGGCUCUGAAACCCUUGUCCACAUCGAUAUUGCCGGUGAGAAGUUCACGGCCAAUGGUCUGGUUAUUCACGAGCGAAACUACCUGGAUGUUUAUGUUUAUGAGAAGUGGAGUGCAAAGCAGAUCCAUCACUAUGAAAACGGGCAGCGUUUUGAGCCAACGGAAGUGUCACUCCACGAAGGGGCCACCACUGCCCCGCCCCUGCUGACUGAAGCGGAUCUGAUUGCACUUAUGGAAAAGCAUGGGAUUGGUACAGAUGCCACACACGCUGAGCACAUAAAUACGAUCAAGGAACGCGGCUACAUUGGGGUGCUGGACAAGGGCUUUUUGGUACCUGGAGUUAUAGGAAUGGGACUAUAUGAGGGAUACGAUGCCAUGGAACUGACUCUUGCAAAGCCAAAACUUCGUGCUGAGUUUGAAUCGGACCUGAAACUAAUUUGUCAGGGGCAGAAAGAUCCCAAGAUAGUCCUGACAGAACAGAUCGCCAAGUAUAAGCAGUCCUAUCAGCAGAUUACCGAAAAGAUUACCGCCAUGGACGCGAAGAUAUCGGCUCGCAUCAAUGAGACACCAACGGCGAAUUCUUCGGGUCAGGUAGGAGAGGAUGGAGGUGGUCCGAGUCAAGGCACUAUGCAAUCGAUCUUCCAGUGCCCAAAGUGCAAUGAGGCUCCUCUGGCGCUCAAGCCAAAGAAGAACCAGCAGGGCUGGUAUAUUGGCUGCAAUAAUUUUCCCGACUGCAAAAACGUAGUCUGGCUUCCGACAGAGUGCAAGGACGUUUCCGUGCUUAGCGAGUGCUGUCCCACCUGCGGAGAUGGAUACAGAAUGCUUAAGUUCCGUUUAAGCACGCCAUACUAUCGCGGGGUUUUCAAUACGCCCCACGGUUGGUACAAGACCUGCCUGCCCUGCGAUAAUCUAUUUCGCACCACGUUCAACAUUAAUUUGGAUUCGGUUAAGAAAGUGGGUGGCAUUGUAGGUGAGGUGCGAGGUGAAGGUUGGGGUCCAGGACCAGGACCUGGAGGAGGGGGCGGGGGCUAUGGCAGAGGAGGCGGCUCUGGCGGAGGAGGCGGCUCUGGCGGAGGAGGCGGCUCUGGCGGAGGAGGCGGCUCUGGAGGAUGGGGCAGCGGACCUGGUGGUGCUGGUUUGGGCGGUGGCGGCCAUACCUCGGUAUCUGAAAAUAGUCGCGGGAACCCUGCAACAGAAAGAGGAAAGAAACCUAACAGCGAAUCUAAAAAACCAGCUACUAAAAAACCUCCAAUCGAGCCAAAGCCAAAGACGAAAGAGCCAAAAACAACUGCCAAAAAAAAUGCAAGCAGCAAAUCGACUGGCAGCAUACGCAGCUACUUUACAAAUGCAGCGACUACGAAUUCUUCCAACAAUGGACUAGAUGAAUUUUUCGAUAGUAACGAUGGCUUUGAGGACGCCAUGUUGGCUGCUGCUGAAUCCGUGGAAUCGAGUACAAGCCAACCCAAAACAGUCAGUAUGGUCCCUCUGGAUGACGACAUAGCUGCCGCGUUUGCUGCAGAAGAUGAUGCUGAAUUUGAGGCGUUGGUCAACGGCGCAACCCUGCAGGCGAACUCUAAUCUGGACCUGGACAAAAGCCUUUCGGAAUGGGUAGAGGAGCAAAACAAAGCGGAGGAGAUGCCCAUGCUUUGGGGAACUCGGGAGCGAACGUCGUUCAGUACUACUGCUCCCACUCCUCCUCCGAAACCGGCAGCUAAACGACCGAGAUGGGACAGUGCAGAAUGCGAUACCACACCACCCUCUUCGGCUCCUGAACCAGGAACAGUGCUGUGUACCGGAUGUCAGCAGCCAGCUUGCAAGAACACGGUUCGUAAGAAUGGACCCAACCUAGGCAGGCAGUUCUACAAGUGUCCCAAAGCGGAUGAAUGUAACUUCUUUCAGUGGGCGGAUGAGCCCUCGUCGUCCGCCAAAAGCAAGAAUUCCUCUGGCAAUGCCCAACAAAGUACCACCUCCUGGGGAUCCAAUCGAGUGGUUACACUGCCUAGCAUUCAGCAUAGCAACUCACAGCGUGGCCAAUUAUCUACACGAUCAAACUCGAGUAGUACUGUCACUAUUACUCAAACGAAAAAUAAACAGCAGGAGAGGAAUACCACGACUGCAGUCGACGGAGAGGAGGUUAAAUGCAACUGUGGGCAGUUGGCUAGCAAGCUGACGGUCCGAAAAGACGGACCAAACCAGGGUAGACCCUUUUAUGCCUGCCCUACGCGGGAAAAGUCAUGCGGUUUCUUUAAAUGGGGAGAUGAGGACCAAAACCAGAGUGUUACCAGCACGUCUUGGGGGUCGACUAUUCGGAAUCCUCCUGGAGGCAGUCAUCCCACAGCUUCUACGUCUGAUGGUCCUAAGACGCGUCGAUGUGGUCUUUGUCGCAAGGAGGGACACGUAAGAACCAAGUGUCCACGCAAGAAUGACUUUGAUAUGUAGUAUAAGAAAUUACCGCAGAAAGGAUAAGGGAAGAUGUAUUCGUAUGUACAUUGUAUGAAGUAAAAAUAAAAAAAAUUGUUGCUUUUGAA